CGGGCAUUGGGACACAUGCAAUGCAAACUCGCCUCUGUGCCUGACAGAAUUUAAAUACUCCAACUCAAAAGGUUAUGCAGAGAUAUCAAAAUUCUGCAAAAACGACCCGGCAUGCACCAACUUGCAUAACUUGAGUCCAGCUGCCUGCGCUAAUGGGGAAGUGAACAAAGGACAGAGCUGCUCGUAUUGCUGUUACACGCCUGCCUGUAACUGGGGGAUACCAAUCCAGUUUCACUCUCAAUAUACAGGACUUGCAGAAUUUGCAACAGCGCCAACUCCGCCUUUUCAUGUAGAAAAUUUGGAUUAUGAAACUUCGGACUCAACCAGUUCUACAAUGGCAGCGCCGACAACAACGAUGACGGUAGCGCCAACAACAACGACGGCAGCACCAACAACAACGGUGGCAGCUCCAACGACAACGAUGGCAGCAGUGCCAACAACAACGACGGCAGCUCUAACAACAACGACGGCAGCACCAACAACAACGACGGCAGCUCUAACAACAACGAGGUUGGCGGCAACAACGAUGGCAGCGCCAGAGACAACAAAGACGGCAGCACCAACGACAACGACGACAGC